UGUGCGCUGGCUAGAAUAGAGAAUGCUGGGAAACCGGAAGUGUAUUAUGUCGUGCAGUGUGAGCGGUAUUGUAAAUAGAACACUGUGCGUUUAAUCCAAUAAGCGGGAUUGUUCUUUAUGUAAUUUGAUUUGGGUGGCGGUGACCAACAAGCGGUUGUUUAUUCUAAGUCUUUACAUUUUCCGAUCUCCCCGAGAAGCUUUGGAGGGGGCAGCUUGGUAUCAUGAAGAGUAGCGUGGCCCAAGUCAAAGGUGCUAAUUAUGACAAAGUAGAUACUCGUAGCUCUUCUGAAAGAAGUUCCUCAUCAGAGGACAGUAGUCAAGAAAGGUCUCCUUCUCCACGGGACAGGGGAUAUACUAAUCGCGCCAGGGGCUACUCUGAUAGGGACCGAUAUGAAGAUCGAUCAAGGAAUGGACGACAUGACAGAUCAGAUGAAUCAAGGCGUCGAGAAAGAGAGAGGUCCUCAUCCCCUCAGGACAGAGGUUACAAUGACCGUAGCAGAGGUUACUCUGACCGAGAUCGAUAUGGCGAUCGGUCUAGGAAUGGGAGAUACGAUAGAUCAGAGGAUAACAGAGAGCGAGAGAGAAGGCGAAAUGACCAAGACAGAGACACUGAAAGGAGAUCCCCACCUGCAAGAAGGAGAUCUCCACCUACAAGAAGAAGUGAAGAGCGUACAGAAGAGCAAAGCCAACCUGAACCUCCUGCUAAGAAAAAGAAAGAAGAAUUAGAUCCAAUCCUCACUCGCACUGGUGGUGCUUACAUCCCUCCUGCAAGGCUACGUAUGAUGCAAGAACAGAUCACAGAUAAGAGCAGUUUGGCCUUUCAGAGAAUGAGCUGGGAAGCUUUAAAAAAGUCAAUCAAUGGUCUUGUUAACAAAGUGAACGUCUCCAAUAUUGGGAAUAUCAUCCAAGAGUUGCUUCAAGAAAAUAUUGUUCGUGGAAGAGGUCUUAUCUCUAGAUCUGUGCUGCAAGCUCAAAGUGCCUCCCCUAUCUUUACUCAUGUCUAUUCAGCGUUGGUUGCAAUCAUCAACUCAAAGUUUCCUAACAUUGGAGAACUCAUUUUAAAAAGACUGAUCCUGAAUUUCCGCAAGGGCUACAGGAGAAAUGACAAGCAACUUUGCUUGACCGCUUCAAAGUUUGUUGCCCAUCUUAUCAACCAAAACGUGGCCCAUGAGGUAUUGGCUUUGGAAAUGCUGACUCUGCUGCUGGAAAGACCUACGGAUGACAGCGUUGAAGUCUCUAUUGGCUUUUUAAAGGAAAGUGGACUUAAGCUAACGCAAGUAACACCCCGUGGUAUAAAUGCCAUAUUUGAGCGUCUUCGUAACAUCCUGCACGAGUCAGAAAUCGAUAAGCGCGUUCAGUAUAUGAUUGAAGUCAUGUUUGCUGUUCGAAAGGAUGGUUUUAAAGAUCAUCCGGUAAUCCCAGACGGCCUGGACCUAGUGGAGGAGGAAGACCAAUUUACACACAUGCUUCCCUUAGAGGACGAUUACAACCCAGAGGAUGUGCUCAAUGUUUUCAAGAUGGAUCCAGAUUUUCUCGAAAAUGAAGAGAAAUACAAGACCAUUAAAAAAGAAAUUCUUGAUGAAGGAGACAGUGAUUCUGAAGGCGAGGAUGCUAAUGAGGGCAGUGAAGAUGACAGUGAAGAGGAGGAGGAGGAUGGCGGAGAAGCUGGAGAAGAAGGAGAGAAAAUGACAAUUCAUGACAAAACUGAAAUUAACUUGGUUGCUUUCCGGCGGACGAUAUAUUUGGCAAUCCAGUCAAGUUUAGACUUUGAAGAAUGCGCGCACAAAUUGAUAAAGAUGGAUUUUCCCGAGAGCCAGACAAAAGAACUGUGCAACAUGAUACUGGAUUGCUGUGCUCAGCAGAGAACGUAUGAGAAGUUCUUUGGAUUGCUUGCAGGGCGUUUCUGUUCGUUAAAGAAAGAGUAUUUGGAAGCUUUUGAGAACAUCUUUAAAGAACAAUAUGAUACAAUCCACCGACUGGAAACCAACAAAUUGCGAAACGUUGCCAAGAUGUUUGCCCAUCUCCUGUACACAGACUCCGUUCCUUGGAGUGUGUUGGAGUGUAUAAAUCUAAGUGAAGAAACAACCACCUCGUCCAGCAGAAUAUUUGUCAAAAUAUUUUUCCAGGAGCUGUGUGAAUAUAUGGGGCUACCAAAGCUAAAUGCUAGACUUAAGGACAUAACACUUCAGCCUUUCUUUCAAGGAUUGCUACCUAUGGACAACCCAAAGAACACCCGCUUUGCUAUCAACUUUUUUACCUCCAUUGGACUUGGCGGGUUAACGGAUGAACUGCGUGAACACCUGAAGAAUGCUCCUAAAAUGAUCAUGACCCAGAAACAGAAUGUUGAGUCGUCGGAUUCUUCAGACUCCUCAUCAGGGUCGGAGUCUUCUUCUGACUCGGACAGUAGCUCCAGUUCUUCUAGUGACAGCGAAUCAUCAAGCUCCAGCAGUGACUCAGAUACAUCAAGGAGAAAAAAACAUUCACAAAAGAAGAAAAGUAGAGAGACGCACAAAGUGGCUUCUAAAAAACAAGCUCCUGACAACAGGCGUAAAGAAAUCCCCAAACAAAAACACCAGAAGGACAAAUAUGAGGAAAAACGGUCAAGAAAAUCUCAAGGGGACUCAAAUCACUAAGAGUAUCACAGAGACACCAAUCUCACAUCUUGUUUUAAUUCAGAGUAUUUUUUUAGAAAUAAACAGUGUAACAUGAUGGAGAGGGAAGGAUCCUGGACUCGUUUGCGCUGCGGUUGCUUCCACUAUAAACACCUAUUUCUUUUGGUGAGAAGCAGUUUAGCGCCUUAGCAGCUCGACAGACCCUGAAGCUGUAUUUUAUCAGCCAAUUGAAACAUAUGAAAUAAUUUUGUUAUUUUCAACCUGUCUAAGCUGUUGUUUUUCAUGUGUUUAUAUUAAAAUAUUUCUUUUGUAA